GUAAACGCUCUCUGGAGGAGAGAACACUACAUUUUGAGUAUUGUGAACUUUGCCUUUAACUGCGCUAGUAGGUAACAAGUAGGUUCUGCAUACAGAAGUUAAGUAUGUUGUAAAAUAGAUGUAGACAUACGAAUUAUUUUUAAAACUGCAUGAAUUCUUUUCUGUCAGUGCGUUUCACCUCGCAUAUAUUGGAAAAUAUAUCUGUGUUGUAAACCUUUUAUAUUUGCACGAAUAAAAAUGGAAUAUAAUGUCUUUCGUGAUUAUUGUAAAGCCGAAAAUAGCGAAGACGAAGACGUGAAUCAUGAUCUACAAUCACGAUUGUAUGCUGAAAUUUAUUACGCUUCGAGUGAUAUAGAUAACGUAGACACAAAGUCAGAUAUUAAGUUAGAAAUUGUUAAUACUGACGAUGACAUACUUCAUAUAGAUGCGAACGAUAGUUAUACUUCUCUAAAGAAUAAUAACGAAGAUUGCAAAAAACUAGAUAAUUCGGUUAACGAAUUAGAAGAUAAUAAGCCAGAUAUUAUUUCUGUUAGCGUUUCAAGCACAUCUGAGACAUUAUGUAAGGACAAAAGUGACAAUGUCUCGGCUGUAACAGUGAAAGAAGAGGAAGAAGGAAAAGAUAUCGAGCUUUCAGAGAAUAAAAAACAGUUAACAAGUAACAGUGUAGAAUAUGUUACAAGCGGAUUAAAUUGCAAUGACAUCCGUGACAUUGAAAAUGAUAUAAAACCAAAAAUAGAAGAUGAAAAUAAAGAGGAGUUGAAACUUUUACAAUGUUCGAAUAACAAAGCAACUACAAAUCAAUGUGUUUCUCCAAAUCCUACAAAACACGAUAGUGAUAACAACAAAUACCAGGAAACUAUGUCAAAUGAAAAAGACAUUAACAAUAUUUUAAGAAAGUAUGAAUUUUCUAAGUCGUUUAUUAAUAAACUGUACUUAGAAAAAUAUGAAAACUUAGAAAAGAAACUACAAGAAGUAGAAGAGGAAGAGAGAUUACAAGAAAAACAACAAGAGAAAAUGAGUGUUAAAAAAUCUGUAAAUGACAAAAAAAUAGAUACGAAAUAUGAGGUUUUUAGUACAACUGAAAAAUUACAAAAAGCUGUUAAUUAUUCUGAGGAAAUAGUGUUAUCAUCAGAAACAGAAAGCGACUCCGAUGAAUCUAUUUUAGAAGUACCUAUUCCCCCAAAACCUCAACCACCGAUUAUAAAUUUAAAGGAUUCUGAUGAAGAGUCAAAAAUAUCAAGCAAUGACAGUGAUAUAGGAGACGAACUUUCGUUUGUUAAAAGAAAGAAAAAGAAUUCAGUAAAAAAUUUUGAAAAAGAAACUUUUACAAUUGAUCAGUAUUUAGAAAAUUAUGUCUCGAAUACAGAUUCCAUUGAUGAUACAUCAGGGAGAGAAGAUAUAAUAUUAAACUGUACAGAAAUACAAAAAGGUGCUUCAAAUAUAAAAGAGAUAAUGGAAAUGAGUAAAAACAUUCAGUCAGAGCGACAUGUUGAUAAAGACAGUACAUCUGAAAUCCAAUCACCAUCAAAAAUGGUCCAUGCAAAUGUUAUAUAUGAAAGAGACAAAAAUGAAUCAAUUAAUUUUGCAGAAGAUGUAACAGUAACAAAUUUUCUUAAUUCUCAUGAAUCAACUCCAAAUAGGAAAAGGUAUUAUGAUCCUUGUGACCCUUGUACAAGUGAUAGUGAACCUUGCACAAGUGUAAAACAAAGAAAAAAUAUAGAAAGUGAAGAUGAUCAUUUGAAAGAAAAUACUGAACAUGAUAGUAAUGCUAAAAUUAAUCAAGAUUGGGAAGAAUACUUUUUUCGUCCUAUGUCAGAAAAGCUUAAAGCUUUCUAUGAGUUUCAGGGACAACAAGAUUUUGAUAUAAAAGAAAUUCAAAGUAAAAUGUCAAGUGAUCCAAGACUUUGGACCAUUUUAGAUGAAGACCUAAUGCCCGAACUGUUCAGACAUCAAAGAUAUUGGCAUAUGAAAUGUACUAAGUGUCGCCAACAAGGUCAUCAGAGACAUAAUUGUCCAGAACCAUACAAGCCUCUUCGAUGUCAUAUGUGUGGUACUCAAGGACAUACAGAAACUCGAUGUCCUCAAAAAAUGUGUCUCACGUGUGGUAAAAAGCAGGGUACAUUUAGAAAAACUUGUGAAGCUUGUCGCAUACUACACUGUAACAUGUGUAAUGCCGUAGGACACAAAUCAACAGAAUGUCCAGAUCUUUGGAGAAGAUUUCAUCAAACAACACGAACAUGUGAAAUAAAUAUACCUGAAAACUUAUCCGAAGUUAUGAAACCUGCAGAUUUACUCUACUGUUGCAAUUGCACCAAACGAGGACAUGAUUCUUCUACAUGUAAUGAGUAUCGAUGGUCUCAACAUUUUCCAACACCAGCAUUUGUAUCAAAUUAUACAGGCGAGCUACAAAAUGAAGUUCCUACUUGUGAAAAUAUUAAUGAAGAUGUAAUCCCAUUAAUUAAACCAACAAAAGCGAAACAUAGAACAUUUCUCCCAGAUAAAAAUGAUUUAGAAGGUUCUUGUGUUAUAUAUUCAUAUGGAACAUUUUAUACAAAGAAAUUUAACGGCGAGCAAAAUGUUCGAAAACUUUUCACACUUGAUAUACAUCCUUCUCACUUGACGAGCCUUUUAAAAGGUCGUAUUGCUCCAACUUUUCUUGAUGAAUUAUCAAAAGUAGUUAAAUUUGAGAUUAAGAUGUAUUACGACGUAAGUAACGAAUUAAUGAUUAGAGUUCGAUCAAUAGAACAUUUGCCUCAACAUAUACUGGAACUUUUCCUUUAUUGGCUUAAAUUAGACGAUGAAGAUAAACACUUGGAAAUUACUAUAAAUCUUCCUCGUGGAAACAAAAAGUUAUCAAGACAUUUAACAUUUAAAAUCGAAGAAUUACAUAAGAAUUUGGGAGAUCCAAAUCAUAUUUGUGCCCAAAUUGAGCAGUUAGAAAUGUCACUGAAUGCUACUCAAAAUCCUCAAACCUCAGUUUCUAUUUUACAAAAAUUAAUGGAUUAUAGAGCCAAUUUAAGGAAAAUAUAUCUAACUAAACCUAAGAAUAAUGAUCUAAUACUGCAAUUAAGAAAAUGUAUUAAACAUUUGAGAAAAUGCUCAGUUGAUGAAGUAUACUUAGAGAAAUAUUUAAAAAUUAUUGUUAUAUAUAACAAAAUAUUUUUACCUCGUAAAUUAACAGACACUGAAUUAAAACGUUUCCUUGCAAAAUAUUACAAAAAGCAGGAAAACAAUAAUAAAACAGAAAAGAAUAAUGAAAUUAAAAAGGCUGCUAAAAAGAGAAAGCUAUCGACUUAUCUUGCAUUCAUAGAAAGUUUGAAAUCUACUAAUAGCAACACUGAUGGGUGUUCAUCAAAAAAAAUUAAAGCGCAAGGUAAACAAAAACCUACUGUUGUAUCUAUUGAAAAUAUUUCAGUAAAUAAUAAUAUCCAGGGCAUAACACAUGUAGAAAAUAUUUGUAAUGAAACAUGCACAUCAGAAAGACAUGUUAAUGAACAUGUUAAUAUUGAUUCCAUAGUGCCUACACAAUCGGCAUGUAAUGUUUCAAAUAAUAAUGAAGUACUAAUGACAAAGCCUAUACGAAAAGUAAAUUUAAACACUGUUUCAUCAAAUUUAAUUACUAUACCUCUUCAAAAAUCCACACACAAUGUAUCGUUAAGGAGUCCUAAAAGUGUACCUUGUGCUAAAAUAAAACCUUCAGAAAAUAACACAGAAAAAGAUUCAGAACUAAUAAACAGUAAUAACGAAGAAGCAAAAAUAAAUAAAGUACAGGAAAAACAAGAUAAUAUAAUUGAUUCUGAAACAAGUAUUACAAAGAAGAAAAAAUGUAAGAAAGCAAAAAAAAUAAAACUAGAUCUUGAAAAUAAGUUAGAAGUUACAGAAAAUAAAAAAACUGAUAUUGAUACGUCUUUAGAAAAUAAAGCUAAUGAGAUUAUAAAUGAAGCUCUUGAAUUUAAUUUGCCGUAUAUGAAUAAAGCUGUUGAAGAAGUUAGAAAAAAAAUAAAUGAUAAAAGUCUUAAACAGGAGCAUAUUGAUACUUUAUUAAGAUUAAUAAAUUUAGAGAAAGAUCACAGGAAAUAUGUAAGUUCAUUUUAUAAUUAUUUGCAAUGAAUUUUAUUUUUUAAAAUACAGUUUUGUUUAUGUGCUAAUGUUAAGUACGUAAAAUUUGUUGGCAUUUUUCGUAUAUCAAAUCUAUAAUUUUUUUUAAAAACCCUUUGUAUAAAGUUGAAAAAAGAAUAAAUAAUAAAAACCUUU